AUGCCCUGCUUCAAGGGCAUUGCGGUGAGCAUCCAUGCGAGCUCUGCCCCGCUGCCAGAAUAUGGCAUGCAGAAGCAAUCGCGACUCUCACGCAUCAGCACCUACAUACCUGUACCUCAGCCUCAACUAGCCAGCGAAUCCAACAAGCCCGAGCCCGCCAAGUUUGCCAUCUCCAUUACCCUCCUGACGCCCGGCCUUGCCAUCCCCUACUCCGCACCGAAACCGAGUGAUUCAAACCCGUGCCCAAAACCUCAGUAUGUCGGCGGCCUUACCCCUGGCUCUAUAGGCGAGCGAGGAAAGUUCGCCGGCAUUGUCAGCCCGUAUAUACCCAUGACAAACUCCGAGAACGAGACCAUAGCCGCCUACAUCUACUUUGAUGGCCGACAGAAGGAAGAGGUAGCCACCUUGCUUCGCCCUGGAGAAGAAACUUGGGUCAAUAGUCGUUGGGUGCAAGUUCCAGAUUCUGAGGGCGGCGGACUCGCUGAGCGCGAGUUCCUGUUCCGCGAAGUUGGUCUGGAACGCUGGCUCAACGGUCUGGACCUGCAGGGCCACGACGUAGCUGGGAAGCUCGAGAGAAGACGGCAGAAGUUUGAGCGGCGCCAGAAACGCCAGCAGGCUCUCCUCCAGGGGAAGACAGAUUCGGAAGACAGCGGAAGGAAGGCCACUCUGCGUUAUGGUAACGACGACAAGUCUCCCCUCGAAGCUGUCGAUGAUGGCUCAGACUCUUGGUCGUCUGAUGACGAUGAGCCCCCCGAGGCCACUGGUCAGAUCAAGGUGGCCAUGUUUCGAGUUCUCGCAUCCGGAGAGAUCAAGAAGGGAGAAUACUCUCCCCAGUUUGAUGCACAUGACGGAGACGACGAGGAUUCCGAAAACAAGGAUAAUGGUAACAUCGAUGCUGAUGUUGAGCAUACGACAAGUUUUGCGAAACCGAAGACGCUUGAUCCCAAAACGAUCAGCACUCAGACAGUGACGGGUAUCGAUGCCCCCGAUAAGCCUUAUGCUGUGUUUACUUUCUUUUACCGUGGUGAUAAGCAACUACAAAAGCUUGGAGUUAUGCAAUCCUCAAAGGCCCCCCAGACGACCCCGGGAUCUGUGAAGCGGCGUUCAGGCCAACUAGACUUUUCCAACAUUGGACCGCUGAAGACUGGCGGGACUGUGGGAUUCUCAGCUUUCCGAGACAAGGAGUCGGAGGCUGCUCGCAAGAGAAAAGUACGAAAGAAGAGCAACGGAGCCCUCGUGGAAGAUAGCGACGACGAUGACGACGAUGACGAGGCGAUCAUCAAGAUGGAGGAUGCAGAUGAUAAACUCGAUUCGAACCAUCUUGCUCCCGAGGAUGCCCAGUCCUCAGGGGAGCUUGCUGAUGGUGUGAACAGGAUUCACCUUAAAAGGGCGCACUCAGCCGAACCCGAUAGCAACAUCCCAACAGACACCCCUACGAAAGCAUCUACACAAGAGUCGACGACUGCACCCGGCCAAUCAGCAUCUGGAGGACCCUCCGACCUGCCUCCCCCAGGGCUUGUGGGUAGUCCUUUGAAAAAGCAACGACCCAGCAUCGAUCAUACAAGCCUCGGCGACCGAUUCUCCGCAACACAAAGUAUGAGUUCUGCUCUAGAAUCAGUAAUAUCAGGCGUAUCUGGACCAGCUUCCUCCAGCCUUAGCACCACUGCUGAAGCAAAACCUAAGGUUGAGGAGGAAGAGGAGCUGUAA